GAAGCGUGAGUAAUGGUCCUGUGAUAGUGGUGAUGGUGAGAGACCGAGUACUAGUGAGUGUGGUACGUAUGGUGUUGUGAGCAGUGGUGAUGCGCGGCAGGUGUGGUGGAGUGGUGACAAGGGAGCAGCGUUAAGUUGAAAUGCAAUACCUAAGGAGAUAAGAAGAGGAGGAGGAAGAAGAAGAAAAGAAGAGGAGGAGGAGGAAGGAGAAGAAGAAUCAGAAAAAAAAAGAAGAAAAGAUAAACAAACAAACAAACAAACACACAAAACAUUAAUGAACAUAGUAAACAAACAAACAAACAAACAAACAAAUGAUUGAGAGAGAAAUGUAAAACUCUCUCUCUCUCUCUCUCUCUCUCUCUCUCUCUCUCUCUCUCUCUCUCUCUCCUCUCUCUCUCUCUCUCUCUCUCUCAUCUACACACAUUUUUUCAACCUCUCUCUCUCUCUCUCUCUCUGUCUCUCUCUCUCUGCACACACACACAGACGCACACCCUCCAUCUCUCCCCCCUCUCCCCCUCUCCCAAACGCAGAAUGGAGACCGCACCACCACCACAACACCCAACAGACACCCGUUACACCUCCUCCUUUAACCUCACAUCCUUCUGCGGGAGCCUGGAGUCCUUCACGCCAUGGGACACCGCAGACAUCAACUUCGGACUGUGUUUUCAAAAGGCUGUUAUUGCUGUUCCUGCCUACACCCUCUUAGCUGCUGUCUCGGCCUACUACACAGGGAGGCAGUCAGAGUGGGUCGUCAGGAGGAGGUGGCAGUUAGCGGUCAUAAGCUGUAGAAUGUGGGCAGCAGGUCUUAUGGCUAUUUUGGUGGUCAUAGAACCUGUUGUUGUGUUCUCAGUCGGUCAUGGAAACUUGUACUGGGUUGAUGCACUCAUGGGUGGUGUUCAGCUGGUGACAUGGCUAGUACACCUGAGCUACCUGGCGUCACUGAAGACCCGUUUGAGUUUAGGGACAAGAGGACCGCCCGCUGUUGUCCUGGCCUGGCUACCGACUUUCCUUGUAACGGUUAAUCUUGCUCGGACUGCCUGGUACUGCCCCAAUGACUCCCCUACCAUGCCCGCCGAGGCCCUCAAGGUCUGGCGGGGCGUGGCUUUGUCUCGUUUGAUGAUUCAGGUGGGGUACCUCCUGACGCUGUUCCCCCAGGGCAGCGUGGGGGUGUCACAGUACCAGGAGCUGCACAGAGAAGCCACAGAGAGCACGCCACUCAUGGAGACCUCCUAUCACGACUACAGCGGGUUCCAUGAGGCAGCAGACCCCCAUCACCUGGGCGUUGCAGAGGAGCAGGUGAACAUAUUGUCACGCCUCACUCUUCACUGGGUCAACUCCCUCAUGAGAAAGGGUGCUCGGGGCCUGCUGCGCUCUGCCGAUGACCUGCACGACCUGCCUCUUGCCCUGCGCACUGACCUCCUAGCCCAUAAGGUACAGUGGAACAUCCUUACAUCCCAGCCACUUCAGGUCACCACCACCACCACCACCACUACUACCACCACCACCACCACCAGCACAUCCUUCCUCCGUGUCCUUCACAGAGUCCUAGGGGUCCAGUUCUAUGCCCUGGGGGUCCUACGGCUGGCUGGGGACACUCUGGGAUUCGCAGGACCUCUUCUCCUUCACGAACUUGUUAUGUUUAUUGAAAAAAAGGAGGAGGAUGUGCUGUGGGGCUGGAUCUACGCUGGGGGCCUCUGUGGGGCUGCGUUAGUGGCUACUUUCUGUUCUAUUCACUUCAAUUAUCUGAUGGCGAAGGUUAACCUAAGGCUCCGAGCUGCUGUGGUGACUGCUGUGUACCGAAAAGUGCUGCAGGUGAACACAGCCUCCCUCGGGACGUUCACCACAGGGGAGGUCGUAAAUCUGAUGAGUACAGACACUGAGCGAAUUGUGAACUUCUGCCAGUCUUUUCACGCCCUUUGGAGUCUCCCCCUGCAGGUAGCAGUGACCCUGUACCUGUUAUAUCUACAAAUAGGCAAGGCAUUUCUAGCUGGCGUGGCGGUGAUGGUGGUGAUGGUGCCUGUCAACAAAUGGCUGGCUGGCAAGAUCGGCCAGCUGAGUGUGGAGAUGAUGGGGUACAAGGACCGACGGGUGGGCCUGAUGGCGGAGGUGCUGGCGAUGAUAAGAAUGGUGAAACUCAACGCGUGGGAGGCGACGUUUAAGAGGCGUAUUAAUGAUGAGCGUUUUGGGGAAGUCAAAGCCCUGGCCGGCCGCAAGUAUCUGGACGCUGCCUGUGUGUACUUCUGGGCUGCCACACCCGUCCUUAUCCCAAUUGCUGCAUUCACGACUUACACUCUCCUUGGUAACACUCUUGAUGCUGCCAGCGUGUUUACUGCUGUGGCUCUCUUCAACAUGCUCAUUCUGCCCCUCAACGCCUUCCCCUGGGUGCUGAAUGGUAUUGUAGAGGCCUGGGUGUCCCUUCAGCGUGUACAGAGGCUCAUGGAGCUGCCAGACAUCAGCUUCCUAGACUACUACACACGAGUCAGCCAGAUGGACGACACUGAAUCGGACGUGCAAAUUGUUAUUACUGGCGGGUCGUUCGCUUGGGGGGGCGAGACACAAGAGGAGGAAGAAGACCUUUCCACCAGUGCCACUUCAGCAAGGAGGAAGAGGAGGAGGAGGAGGAGGAGCUGGGAGGAGGACGAGGAGGCAGAGGAGGAGAGGAGUGUGUCGAGUAUUGAAAGAAGUGGUGUUCUUGACAAGACGGAUUUGUUUGCCUUAAGAAAUAUUGAUCUGAGUGUGCUUAAGGGACAAGUGGUGGCUGUGGUUGGCCGUGUGGGGGCCGGCAAGACUUCAUUACUCAACGCUGUGAUGGCUGAGAUGCAGAAAGGUGAAGGUGCUGUGGCUGUGGCUGGCCUAGAGACUGGUUUCGGAAUGGCCACACAGCAGCCCUGGAUACAAAAUACUUCAAUUAAAGACAACAUUCUCUUUGGAAGCAGCCUGGACGUCUCUCGGUAUAGGUCUGUGGUGUCAGCCUGUGCAUUGGACGAGGACCUGCUAGCCCUCCCCCACCGCGACAACACCCUCUGUGGCGAGAACGGGGCGGCACUUAGUGGGGGACAGAAGGCGCGGGUAGCACUGGCGCGGGCUGUCUAUCAGAACAAACAAAUCUACCUUCUGGACGACGUGAUCUCCUCGGUGGACCCUCCCGUCGCACGCCACAUCAUGCGACACUGCGUUCACGGCUUGCUGGCUGGUCGCACUGUUCUCAUCGCGUCUCCUGCCCUGCCCCUCCUCUCCCGCGUUGACUGGGUGCUGCGUUUGGCCCAAGGACGAGUGGUACAGCAGGGGCCGCCAGAGGAGGUGCUACGAGGGGACCUGAACCCUGAGGACCUUGCUGGGGACUGGUGGGGGGAGGUCGGGGAGAUAGGGGGCACCAGCAAGAAGCGUAGGCCCUCAUAUCUUGAUCCUUUCGAUGUGGUGUGUGAGGGGAAGGUGAAUGGUGCUGGUGGUGGUGGUGGUGGGGGUAGUGUUGGCACCUCAACCACCUCCUCCUCUCUCAUGGCCCCUGUGGUGGAGGCGGAGGGCAGGGAGACCGGUGAGCUGUCGUGGAGUGUGCUGGUAACCUAUCUGUCGGCCGUUGGCAUUCCACUGGUCACUCUCAUCCUGUUGUCCCUCACACUUAUGCAAGCUUCUCGCAAUAUGGCCGACCUCUGGCUAGCCUACUGGGUGUCAAGGCAAUCCCAGACUAACUCCACCGGGUCACAGCUGUUUCUGCUGGACCCCCCUGCCCCCUGGCUAAGCCCUGGCACCCACCCCCACCCCCCCAGCUCUGUAGGGGAGGGGGCCACAGCCAGCACCUCCCACUGGCUGGCACCCCCAUCUACCCCACUACACCAGUUCCUGGCGGUGAACGAGUUAACGAGCGCAGAGCCCGAACGAGCAACAGAGACAGGAGGGGGCAUGGACGCAUCAAACAAAUUCUAUCUCCUGGUUUAUGGCGUCCUGGCUGCCUCAAAUUCUCUGUUCACAUUAAUGAGGGCCUUCCUCUUCGCCUACGGGGGGGUGACGGCUGCCCGCACACUGCAUAAGAGGCUGCUGGAUGCUGUGUUGUAUGCCAAGAUUACGUUUCAUGACAACAAUCCGCUCGGACGCAUCCUCAACCGGUUCUCCAGCGACCUCUACUCCCUAGAUGACACGCUGCCCUUUCAGACCAACAUCCUCCUUGCCCAGCUCUUCGGCUUAACAGGUGCCGUCAUCGUUACCAUCUACGGCAUGCCCUGGAUCACCCUGAUGCACAUCCCCCUGGCGUUUGUUUACUACAGUGUCCAGCGUUACUAUAGACACACGUCGAGGGACCUAAAGAGAAUAUACUCAGUUUCUCUCUCUCCUCUUUACGCCCACUUCACCGAGACCCUGCAGGGGCUGGUGGUGGUACGUGGGAUGCGGGCUGGCUACAGGUUCAUUCAGCGCGCCGACAGCCUACUGGAGGUCAGUCAGAGGGCACAGUUUGACCAGCAGGUAGCAGCGCAGUGGCUCAACCUGCGACUACAGCUCAUUGGCCUCACCAUGCUGGGUGGGGUGUCUGCCCUGGCCCUGCUGCAACACCACUUUGAUGCUAUACAGGCUGGUCUGGUGGGUCUGGUCAUCUCAUACGCCCUGACAGUGACUGGCUACCUCAAUUCAGUGGUGACCUCAUUAACAGAGGCAGAAACAGAGAUGGUUAGUGUCGAACGGAUUCACGGCUACCUUGAGGGAGCACAGGGGGAACGCCGGGAGGGGUCUGUGCUGCCCCCGUUUGGCUGGAUCACCCACGGAUCUGUGCGGUUCUCAAAUGUCUACUUAAGAUACCAAGACCACAACCCAUAUGCCCUCCGUCGGGUGAACUUUGAGGUGGGGUCAGCAGAGAAGGUGGGCAUUGUGGGGCGCACUGGAGCAGGGAAGUCCUCAGUGUUUGUGGCCUUAUUCCGCCUGGUGGAGCUCAGCAGGGGAGCCAUCUAUGUGGAUGAGGUGGAUGUGUCUCGACUGAGCCUUAAAAAACUCAGAUCUAGCCUUGCCAUCGUAACCCAGGACCCAUUCCUCUUCACCGGCACUGUGCGGGAGAAUCUGGAUCCAUGUGGAGAGUCGGUGGACAGUCAGGUGUGGCAAGCAGUGGAGGCGUGUCACCUGCUGCCUCUGGUUCACUCCCUGGGCGGCCUGGAGGGGGUGCUGCAGGAGGCCGGCCGGGGAAUGUCUGCUGGGGAACGUCAACUUUUCUGUCUGGCUAGAGCGCUGCUGUGUAGGACCAAGAUUGUGUGCAUAGACGAGGGGACAUCAAAACUCGACCCAGAAACAGACGAACACAUCCAGCAGGUGAUUCGGAGUGUGUUUCGGAACAAGACAGUGCUAAUCAUCGCCCACCGCAUGCAGACUGUACGAGACUGUGACAGAGUGUUGGUGCUGAGUGAUGGAGAGGUGGUGGAGAGUGGGCGCCCUUGGGAACUCCUCUCGGACAAAGAUUCGCAUUUCCACGGAAUCUUCCAGCCUCAGUGAUAGCAGAGAGAGAGAGAGAGAGAGAGAGAGAGAGAGAGAACAUUACCAGAGCCUCAUUUAAUUUCUAUCUCUUUUUUUUCCCCUAAUUCUUCUCUACAGCCUCUCUCCUUUCCUCCAGCCUCUCUCCUUUCCCUCCAGCCUCUCUCCUUUCCUCCAGUUUCCCUCUAGCCUCUCUCCCUCCCUCCAGUUUCCCUCCAGCCUCUCUCCUUUCCUCCAGUUUCCCUCCAGCCUCUCUCCUUUCCUCCAGUUUCUCUCCAGCCUCUCUCCUUUCCUCCAGUUUCCCUCCAGCCUCUCUCCUUUCCUCCAGUUUCUCUCCAGCCUCUCUCCUUUCCUCCAGUUUCCCUCCAGCCUCUCUCCUUUCCCUCCAGUUUCCCUCCAGCCUCUCUCCUUUCCUCCAGUUUCUCUCCAGUCUUCCUCCCUCCCUCCAAUCUUCUCUCCUCUUCUCCAGCCUUCCUCAGCCUCUCAGUAACAGCAGAGAGAGAGAGAGAAAAAAAAAAAAGAUUGCCACACACACACACACACACACACACUGAAGAACCACCUAACUACAAACUAUUUAGCAUUUCUACCUGUUUUAUAUAGUUUUCAGCUCUCUAAGUUACCUGACACCAUAAUAUUAAAGAGAUACUGUUUGUUUGUUUGUUUGUUUACAUUAAGUUACGAUUAUUAUUUUAUUUAUUUAUUUUUUUUGUUUCCUACGAGUCCCUGAUUAGUUAUUUUGGUUCAAUUAUUCUUUUUUUUUCUUGUUUGUUUGUGUCAUCCAGUCUUUCACACGCACACACACACACGCACACAGAUACAUCAAGUUCCCCGUUUUCUUUCUUCCUAUUGUCCACCCCAAUCAGUGUUAUCCAGUCUACAUACAUACUCGUACAUACACACACACACACACACACAGUUAAUCUUCCCAUUCCAAACGUAAGAAUUAAUUAAAUCAACUGCUCAAUCCCAUUUUCUGUUGAGUCCAGUUACAAUCUCGUUUUCUAAGUUAUUAAGGUUCCCAGCUGGUGAUGAGGUAGAGACAAGGCGAUGCAGGUGGUGGUGGUGGUGGUGUGGUGUGGUAGUGUGGUGUUGAGAGGAAGGAAUGAAGGAAUAACUGGGAUUGAGGGAUAACUAAAGAAAAUCUGGGAGAAGGACAAAAGAAGAAGAAGAAGAAGACUGACAUGGUGAGGAGAACAGGACUAAGAAGAAGAAGAAGAAGUAGAAGAAGAAGAAAAUGAUGCUAUGAGGAGGAGGAGGACAGGACAAAGAAGAAGAAGAAGAAGAAGACAUGGGGAUAGCAUGAGGUGGACAGGAGAAAGAAGAAGAAGAGGAAGACCUGGGGAUAGUACGAGUGAACAACAACAACAAGACGAGGAAGAAGAAGAAAAAGAAGAGGAAGAAGAAGAUUUGCGGCCUGUGUGUGGAUAAAAACGUUAAAAAUAUUCACAAAGAGAGAUUUAAAGGAACAUAAGCUUGAACGGAGUGUACAUAAGCCUGGAAAAAUAUGUACAAAGCUUCAGCGGUGUACAGAAAAGCUUCAGUUAUAUUACACAAGCUUGAAAACUGAAUAAAUGAGAAAAAAAAGAAAACAAACUGAAUAUAAGCUUAAAAAAACACACAUACAAACACACACACAAACAUUCCAGCACCCAAACACACACACACACACACACGUAAGUAAGGUUAACACACACACACACACACACGCUUAAAGAAGGCUUAAGGGAGACUGUCUAAAAAGAUGCCUGAGAAAUUAUUUUGGCGCGGUGUGUGUGUGGGGGGUAGUGUGGGGGGCAGGGGGGCAGGGGGGGCGCCAUUCCUGACUCAAGAUGUGCCUAUUCGCGUUAGUGUUAAGUUAAUUUUAAGGUAAGGCCCUGGACACGGGGAGUAGUUGUUAAAUUAAAGAA